UCCCUUCACUCUGCACCCAUCUCCUUGCACCACAGAAACGGUGAUUCUUCUCCUCUUCGUCUCCCACUCUGUUUAGAAGGAGCAGCCAUGUAUCUCCAGCCGUGCACGCCGUCCACUGGAGGCAGCAGAAGGAGCUACAGCUCAUGCUCUGCCAUUGGUGCUGGUGGAGGAGGGGGGGGCAGAGUCAGGAGUAGCUACAGCUCCUAUUCCUCCAGGGGCUAUGGAGGUGGCGGACGCUGUGCAGGGUUUGGCAGCAGGAGUCUGCAUGGUGUAGGCGGAGGUGCGAGGAUUUCUUACGGUGGAGGAUUUGGGUGCAGAGGUGGUGGCUUUGGUGGUGGCUAUGGAGGUGGAGCGGGCGGCUAUGGAGGUGGAGCGGGCGGCUUUGGAGGAGGACCGUGUGGCUUUGGAGGAGGAGCGGGCGGCUUUGGAGGAGGAGCGGGCGGCUUUGGAGGAGGAGCAGGCGGCUUUGGAGGCGGACUGGGCUUUGGUGGACCUGGCUUUGGACCUGGCUUUGGACCUGGCUUUGGACCUGGCAGACCUGGGCAGCCUGGAGGCAUCCAGCCCGUUCACGUUGACCCAAGCCUCCUGCAGCCGGUCAAUGUGGAGAUUGACCCCCAUAUCCAGCAAGUGAAAACUCAGGAGAAGGAGCAGAUCAAGGUCCUCAACAACCAGUUUGCAGUAUUCAUCGACAAGGUCCGGUUCUUGGAACAACAAAAUAAAGUUCUGGUCACCAAGUGGGAACUCUUACAACAGCAAGGCGGAACAAUUAUUAAGAAGGACUUAGCGCCCUUGUUUGAGAAUUUUAUCCAAACCUUGAGGAGGAGGCUAGAUGGACUCCAAAAUCAGAAGGGACAAUUGCAGUCAGAACUGGAGAACAUGCAGCAGUAUGUCGAGGAGUACAAGCGCAAGUACGAAGACGAAAUCAACAAGCGCACAGCUGCUGAGAAUGAGUUUGUGGUGCUCAAGAAGGAUGUGGAUAAUGCCUACAUGGUUAAAGUAGAAUUGGAAACAAGGGUACAAGGUCUGACUGAUGAAAUCAACUUCUUGAGAUUUAUAUUUGAGGAGGAAUUAUCUCAGUUGCAGACGAUAAGUCGUGACUUGUCAGUGGUUGUAUCCAUGGAUAACAACAGACAUCUAGAUCUGGAUGGCAUCAUUCAGGAAGUCCGAAAUCAAUAUGAGAUCAUCGCUCAGAGAAGUAGAGCUGAGGCAGAGGCCUGGUACCAGUCCAGGUAUGAAGAGCUGCAGAGCACAGCUGGAAGACACGGGGACAACUUGCGCAACACCAAGACAGAGAUCCAAGAGCUAACGAGGAGCAUCCAGAGAAUGCGGGCGGAAAUUGAAAGUGUGAAGAAGCAGAUUGCAAAUCUGCAGUCUGCCAUCGCCGAGGCAGAGGAGAAGGGCGAGUUGGCUCUCAAGGAUGCUAGGGCAAAACUGGAUGAUCUUGAACAUGCCCUGCAGAAAGACAAGGCGGAUCUGGCUAACUUAUUGAAAGAGUACCAGGAUCUGCUGAAUGUCAAACUUGCCCUGGAUAUUGAGAUCGCCAUGUACAGGAAACUGCUGGAAGGAGAGGAGUCCAGGAUAGCCGGAGGUGGCCAUGUGAAUGUCUCUGUCAUUGGUGGAGGUGGAAGUGGAGGAGUCAUCGGGGGUGGAUUUGGCGGCGGAAGCGGAGGCGGCAUCUGUGGUGGUGGAUUCGGCGGUGGAAACAUAGGAUUCGGCGGCGGAAGCGGAGGAGGGAUCUGUGGCGGUGGAUUCGGUGGAGGUGGAGGAUUCAGUGGCGGAAGCGGAGUCGUCGUCUGUGGUGGUGGAUACGGCGGCAGAACCGUUGGAGGUGGUGGCUUCUCUUCUGGAAGUGGAAGAGGCUAUGGAGGUGGCGGCAGCGGCAUCUGCUCCAGCGGCGGUUCCUCGGUCACACGGCGAUGCACCACGUCUUUCUCCACCAAAUCCGGUUCAGGAGGGUACUGAGCACUGGAGCCAGGCCCCAGAAAGAAAGAAGCAUCUUUUUAUCUUCAAAUGGCAGCAGCACAGCCCACCUAACCCAACUCUGGUAUCCAGAAAAGAAAUGAACUGUAUCCCUUACAGCCCACAUCCUCGAAACACCACCUGAUCCCGACCGCAUCUUCCCCGAAGGGAGGGCGGGAGCGAUGCGCCAUCCUGGCAGCAACGCCUGCCGGGUUUAAACCAAACGUCCGUAUCAAUUGAAAUGCACCCACCGAUUAAAUGUUAUAAGACCCUGUAAAGUAAUGCAUCACUUGAGGAUAUCAAUAAGCAGCGAGCUGAUUUAGAGGAGGGAGAGCUCUGCCCCUCUGGGUGUGCUGUAGAUUUUUGGCUGUUGUGGCUGUCAAGGGGUAAUGUGUAUAAAACUCAACUUUCCUUCUCUUUUCCUAGCGCUUCUUCCAAAAUGGCUAUGUUUUCUUGGGUGCUAUUGUAUUUCCUGUGCCUUGCAUCUCCUAUUUGCGUGCUUUACAAAUAGGUCUGAGUUGCGGUAAAUGUGGGGGGAAAUUAUAAUCCACCUUCAGCUGAGUCGAGGAAUUAGAAAUGUUUGUGUGGCUAUCUAGACACGAUAGGCUUCCCCUUAAGGAAUGAUUAGGCAGGUUUGUUAUUUUGGGUAUCCAAAGACAGGCUCUAACCAACAUUCGCCAUAAACCAAUUCCACUCAUCCCCCAUCCUCCUUUAGUUGCACCUGAUUCCACCGGAUGUAUUUGUGCCUUUAUUGUAAAGAUAACAGAGCAAACUAUUCACUGCAAAGCAUUCUGUGAUGUAGAAUAUACUGUACUGUCACCAUUUACCUACCUUUCCUACUCAUGGGGCAUCCCAUUUUCUUGGGGUGUGACCAUUUUCAAUAAACUGCAGACAACUCA